CUUUAUCUCUCUGCCACACAUCACAUCUUCAGCCAGCAGUCUCUCAGCAAUAUUUGCAGUGUUUGCAGCAGUCUAUUGUUACUGCUCCCUCUGUUUUUUCUCUGUCUUUCUUCGCACAUAUAUCACCAACUUUUCAUUCAAAUACACCCCUUAAAGUUUCAAAAACUAAAAAUGAAAAAACUGUUCACUAAAUAUUAAAGCUUUGAUUUGAUAUCUUAAAAAGAACCAACUCAACUUUUUUGACUCACUCACUCACUCGGUCUAUUAUAAUGCAGCCAUCUUGAACUCAAUACUCUGAAAUUUUCUUUCUUGGCAAAAAUGGUGGGCAUGAUAGAUCUUAAUACGACAGAGGAGGAUGAGAAAACGACAGUCUCUUCUUCUUCUCCAAGUUCUUCUUCGGUUUCUGGUUUCAGUGGUUCUAAUUUGAGCCCUCCUGUUUCUGGUUCUGGUUCUGGUCCGGUUUGUUUGGAGCUAUGGCAUGCUUGUGCUGGCCCUUUAAUAUCUUUGCCGAGGAAAAAUAGUGUUGUUGUGUACUUUCCUCAAGGCCAUUUGGAGCAGCUUCCCCAAGAUUUUCCUCUUGCUGUUUAUGAGCUUCCUAGUUAUGUUUUUUGUAGAGUUGUUGAUGUCAAGCUCCAUGCUGAGACAGAUAAUGAUGAAGUUUAUGCACAAGUGUCUCUGGUUCCUGAGAAUGAGCAAUUUGAGCAGAAGCUGAAUCAAGGGAAGCUUAACGGGCAUUGCGAAGAGGAUGAUAUGGAAGGUGCCGUUAAGUCGAUAACGCCCCACAUGUUCUGCAAAACCCUUACUGCUUCUGAUACUAGCACUCAUGGAGGCUUUUCUGUCCCACGUCGAGCUGCUGAAGACUGCUUCCCUCCCUUGGAUUACAGUCAACAAAGGCCUUCACAAGAACUCGUAGCCAAGGAUCUGCAUGGCUUUGAGUGGAAGUUUCGACAUAUCUAUCGUGGGCAACCACGGAGGCAUUUGCUUACUACAGGAUGGAGUGCGUUUGUGAAUAAGAAGAAGCUUGUUUCUGGAGAUGCUGUGCUCUUUCUCAGGGGUGAGGAUGGAGAACUGAGAUUGGGGAUUCGUCGAGCUGUACAAGUUAAAUGUGGUGCUAUGUUUCCAGCUCAUUGUAGUCAGCAAAUCGACCACAGCACUCUCACCGAUGUUGUCCGUGCCAUGUCUACGAGAAAUGUUUUCAACAUUUGCUACAAUCCAAGAGCCAGCUCAUCCGAGUUCAUAAUCCCUUUACAUAAAUUUGUGAAGAGCCUUGGUUACUCCUUUUCUGUUGGAAUGAGGUUCAAAAUGCGUUUUGAGUCAGAAGAUGCUGCGGAAAGAAGAUAUAUGGGAUUAAUAACCGGAAUCAGUGACCUCGACCCUGCUAGAUGGCCUGGUUCGAAAUGGAGAUGCCUUGUGGUAAGGUGGGAUGAUAUAGAUACUAGCAGGCAUAGCAGGGUUUCUCCGUGGGAAAUUGAGCCGUCUGGUUCUAUUUCUGGUUCAAAUAACUUUGUGAUUCCUGGUUUGAAGAGGAGUAGGUCUGGAUUUCCUUCAUCGAAGCCAGAAUUUCCAAUUCCUGACGGGAUUGGUGCAUCAGACUUUGGGGAAUCUUCAAGAUUCCAGAAGGUCUUGCAAGGUCAAGAAAUUAUGAGUUUUAACACUCUUUCCGAUGGUGUUGAUCAACGUCGACAUCAAUUUGAUACACGGAUGUGUUUUACUGGCUCGCAUGGUUCUAAGUUUCCUAUGAGAAAUAGUGCCAGAGAACCAGUAGUGCAGCACUCUGAUGUCCCUAUUAAAGGCUUUAGUGAAUCUUAUAGAUUCCACAAGGUCUUGCAAGGUCAAGAAAUAAUUCCAAGUCCAUCAUUUGGAAGAGUCCCAACAAUUAAUAAUGAGGCUCGUGAAAAUGGUUUCUUCGGAAUCUCUGAUGAUGUCCAACUUACAAGCUCAAGAAAUGGAUGGUCUUCCCUGAUGCAGGGUUCUAAUACUCAUACGCGUCUGCCAGCUCAGGCAUCUUCUCCAUGUUCGGUUUUUAUGUUCCAGCAAGCAGGCAAUCAACCUUUAAACCCAAGUCCAAUAUUUAAUAUCAAUGAACCGGAGGAGCAGGAAGUUAACGCUCAAAGUUGGUUUCGUAAUCCUGAAACAUGUGACCAAAAGCGCAUGCCUUCAUCACGUUCCGUGCAUAUUCCGAAUAGGGACAACCAAUGGGGCACGGAUUCUUUUGGUCUGUCUAAUGAGCAUGUUCAGCAUGGUAUUUCACAGCCUCUCAUAGCCCAAUCAUCAUUAAAGGGCGGGCAAGAUUUGGCGUCUUCAUGUAAAAGCAGCUGCAGACUUUUUGGUUUCCAAUUGACCGAGGAUAGGCAUGUCGCUAACAACAAUGAAAGCUCCAUUCCUGCGACAUCUCUCAAUGCUAGAUCUUUUCUUCCUCAUGUUGGCGAGCAGUUCCAUUUGAAACCUCCUGGAAUAACCAAUGCAAUCGGGAGCAAUUGUACUAAAGGAAUUCUGCAUCAACAUGCAGAAAAUUACCACAUUUACUAAGCGAGACGCAGAACUAGCACCUGAGUCUGCAGAAGUGAAUGUCAAGCUUUUGGGAAAGUUGUAAUUAAUCUUCUAAGGUAACUUGUUUGUUAAUCUAACUACUCGGAUAUUUCAGAAGAGCAGAUUGUAGUAGUAAUCUGUCGGUAUUAGGUUCUUAGUCAUGAAUCUUGUUAAUUCAAGAAUUGUCUGUUUGUGGUUUGCUGGUUCAUGCCAGCAUGGAAUUGUUAAAUUUGGCUGAUUAUUAUUUACCUAAAUAGCAUGCUGAUGCUGAAUGAUUCUGCUCU